UAGAGUCGAACGGGCUGUGGCCAGUGCCGACGGACUGGUGCGAAGGGCACUUGUUCGCACGGGUCAUAGCGUGAUAGAGAGACCUGUGUCCAAGCUUGUCCUGCUCUUGGAGGAAUGAGGGAUGAGUGGCUGCGUGAUGUGACUCACACCCAUAUAUGCUCCCCAGCUGAUUAAGCCUCAACUGCGUGUAUGAUCGUGACUACAGCGACCUGUCUAGUCGUCGUGUAUAUGCAUUGAAUUCCUUUUAAAUCUAGCUAUGCACUCAAACCACGUUUAAGUAUGUCGUCAUUGCUUCGUUGUUCGUCAUAAGUAAUAUCGUCAUUAAUUGAUCGUCAGUUUCUUCACUUCAUACAAUCAGGCAACGUUAAGCCAUAAAUCGCAUAUAUGAGAACGUGUUGCUGCUCGAUUUUCCCUGGUUCCAGGUGAUGGCGUACCUAGAGACCAGGAGGGUCUUCUGGUCAGAUGGCGCAGGCCGAACGACGUCACCGGUCAGACGAGUCUUCUGGAGGACAUCGGCAGGGGUUGAAGACCACCACACUCUGGCGGAGGCGAGUUCGGCGACGUCCUCCGUCGGGAACCAGUUCUUCGACAGCCACUGUCACCUCGACCUACUGUUGGAGAGAGAGGGAGGAUCAGCGAGCCUCACCGAGUAUAUGAGGCGAGCCAGGGUGGGCUUUCCUACCGACUUCGGUGGAUGCCUGACAGUCUUCUGUCGCCCUAACCACUGGUCGCGCUCGUCACGGUGGAUGAACCUGCUGGAGGACUCCAGAGUCUACGGGGCGUUUGGCUGCCACCCCCACCGCGCCACGGAGUGGAACGGACACACAGAAGCCGUCCUGAUCGAGAUCCUUCGGUCUCACCCACGUGUAGUAGCCGUGGGUGAGAUGGGCUUAGACUUCUCUCGAAAUAACCACGUCCCGAGUGACGUGCAGCGAAAGGCGUUCCAGCGGCAGCUUCAGAUCGCAAUCAACGAGGAGAUGCCCGCCGUUCUCCACCUGAGAGAAGCAGAGAGGGAAGGGCUGGAGAUGAUGCAGAGGAUGGUGCCACGAGGGCAUCCCAUGCACUGGCACUGCGUUACCGGCCAGUGGCCUCUGAUCAGAAUGUGCCAGGAGCAGUUCGACAACAGCUACUUCGGGUUUACCCCACUCAUCUACAACGUCAACGCCUCCAACGCCAGAAUGGUAGCUAAAGCGCUGCCUCUGGACAGAAUACUCAUAGAGUCCGAUGCCCCCCACUUCUUGCCCCAGGAACACAGAGGCCGCACAAGAUGGUCCCACCCUGGGAUGUCAGAGUACGUGACACGCGCUCUCGCCGACCUACACGAUACCAACAGAGACUGCGUGAAGCGGCAAACUCGCGAAAACGCCAAGCGGCUGUACGGCAUUGAUAUGCGGUGGUAGGAGGAGAAGGAGAAGGAGAAGGAACAGUGAGGUGGAGCAGCGUCCUCGGGGGCGAUCUGAGAUCUAGCGGAGGAGGCGCCCGCUUCGGCAAGGCGCUUUCGGCAUAAGUGCUUUCGGCAUAAGUGCUUUCGACAUAAGUGCUUCAGUUGAAAUCAUUUAGUAUGCUUGCGAUUAUGUUCAGUCCUCGGGAUGGACUUUAUGUUGUGUGUUAUGUGUCCUCGAGAUGGCUCAGUCAUAUUCAGGUGUUUGAACCCCGGGAGUGUUCAAGGCGGGGGGUGUUGGCGCCAUCGUCUUUUCCCUUUCUUUUCUUUGGUUUAACUUGAUUAUGUGAAUGCCUCAGAGGGUACCCUUUUCGGCCCGCGCUGGAGCAGCUGACGGGCCGGGGCGGUAGCGCUCGGCCGGCCGGGCGCCUGGGGCGGUGACCGGCCGUCUGGGUCAGCGGUCGCGGCCGGUCGCUGGAUCAGUCGCGUGGAGCGAGCGGCCGCACGCGCGCGCAUAGGCACCGCUGGCUGUUUGGUGAUAUUUUUGAGAACGGCAUCGAAGAGUAAACUUUGUUUGUUUGAACGUGGUCUUGAACGCCAAAUACAAGACAUUGGAUAAAAGGUCGUUAACUCUACACUUAAGCAGCAGCGGCGCCUACAUUAAUAUAAAUUCCAAAAUCCGUUUAA